AUGAGGUUUCCAAAUCCUCUUCUGUCAGUUGGAUUCUCACCGGAUUGUUCAACGCGGGUGAUUGGGACUUCAAAUGGGACUUUCUAUAUUGGAAGGAGGAAAGUGAACUUGGAGAGUGAUGAUACGGGAGAUGUUGUGGAAUUUGGAGCUGUAGAGGUUGAACCUGAGAGAAGGGUUUUAAGGCCUACAUAUUUUAGAUACUUCCAUCGAGGGCAAAAUACAAAGCCUUUGGAAGGGGAUUACUUGAUUAAAAGGCCAAGAAAAUUGAAGUUUGCCGAGCAUGAUAAGUUUUUGAAGAAGUAUAGGCAUAAGGAGGCACUAGUGGUAGCUUUGAGUGGAAAGAAUCCGGAAAAUUUGCUGGCUGUUAUGGAGGAGUUAGUGGCCAGGAAGAAGUUGUUGAAAUGUGUAUCUAGUUUGGACAAAGAAGAGCUCAGAUUGUUAUUGGGGUUUCUGCAAAAAUACUGCCCAAUGCCUAGAUAUGCCGGGUUUUUGAUGAGGUUGGCGGAUAAGGUUGUUGAAAUGCGAGCUGAUGAUAUAAAGUCUUUUGAUCAAUUAAGAGGUAAUAUUAGAAAUCUGAAAUUGCUUCAAAGAGAUGAACUUUACACAGUUUCUCUCAAUUAUUCGGGUGGGUUGUAUCUUGGAUACAUGAAGCGGAAUCCAACUUCAAACAUUUUCCUCUUACCUCAAAUUUUGCACAUAUCUUCACGAAAGGCGAAAGCUAUUCAUAUUCUUCUUUGCAGAGGAGCAUCAGACUUCAUAAUCUCAUUUGUCCUCUCUUCAGAACUAUCAAUUGAAUCCUCAGCCUUUUCAAAAGAAAUUACUGAUGUACAGUGCCCAGUCCCCUGUGCUGCAUGUGAAGAAUUACUGAAUUUGUCUUCUGAACAUUGGCCAUCUGAGUUACAUCCAAUAGAUUCUUAUAAAAACUUCUUUUGA